AUGCAGGUCCCGUUGCUUCGUUUGCAAUGCGGCAAGAUUGGCCAGCAGUCCGCUGCCGCCAAAUAUGCUGCUGCCAGCGCCAGUGCAGAUUUUUCAAUUGAAGCAGACAGGCCCUAUGCAGAGCUAUGGAUGGGCACGCAUCCCUCGCUUCCAUCCAAAGACCUCGAAACGCAGCGGACGCUGCUAGAUCUCGUCCAAGACAACCAGGCCCUGAUAGGUUCGGAGAUCACGCAGCGAUACGGCUCAAAGCUCCCCUUCCUCUUCAAGGUCCUGUCGAUCAAGAAAGCUCUCAGCAUCCAAGCACACCCCAACAAGAAACUCGCCGAAGAGCUGCACGCGAAAGAUCCGAGGAAUUAUCCUGAUGACAACCACAAGCCGGAGAUGACGAUCGCCAUCACUCCCUUCGAGGGGCUCUGUGGCUUCCGGCCCCUGGGGGAGAUCUUGCACUUCCUCAACACCGUCAAGCCACUGCGAACCCUGGUUGGCAACCAAGCGGCCAAUGACUUCGAGCAGAUCGUGAAAGGGUCUGAGGAUUCCCAGGACCCGGCCGUGGUGGAGAAGAAUAAGGACGCGCUGCGAGCGAUAUUCACGUCGCUGAUGCAAUCACCACAGGAGAGCAUCGAGGCGGCGGCCAAGGAACUGGUCGCCGAGGCGGAGAAUUCGCCGUCAACCUUUGCGGUGUCGCCAGACUCGGAGACGAACCCCGCCAAUGCCUCUGACCUCGCAGAACUCGUGGUGCGGCUGAACGGGCAGUUCCCGAACGACAUCGGUCUGUUCGUGCUGUUCUUCUUGAACUACGUCAAGCUCGCGCCCGGCGAGGCCAUGUUCUUGAAGGCGGACGACAUCCACGCGUACAUCUCGGGCGACAUCAUCGAGUGCAUGGCGUCGUCGGACAACGUGGUUCGGGCGGGGUUCACGCCCAAGUUCAAGGACGUGGCGACGCUGACGCAGAUGCUGACGUACUCGUACGCGCCCAUCGACGAGCAGAAGAUGGAGCCGGCAGAGUAUCCGUACGCGACGUUGAACAUGGCCGCCUGGACGAGCGGGUCGAGCGUGGUGCUGUACGACCCGCCCAUCGAGGAGUUCAGCGUUCUGAAGACGGACCUGAACCAGCCGGGGGCCAAGGCGACCUUUGAAGCGAUCCCAGGGCCCAGCAUCGUCAUCUGCACGCGAGGACGGGGGAAGAUCACCGUCGGGCCCAAGACGGAGGAGGUGAGAGAGGGAUAUGUGUUCUUCGUGGGGGCCGGAGCGGAGUGUAUCAUUGAGAAUACGGGUAGCGGCGAGGGCGAGGAGGAGGAGGAGGUGUUUACCACGUUCAAGGCGUUCUGCGAGUUGGAAAGCCACGAACUGCCGAAUGGUCAUUGA